UUACAAUCAAAAUCACCUACUUCAAAUACCUUAACUAUGCCAUUACAAUCAUCUCAAAUAGCGCAAUCAAUUACAUCAACACAAUCAACAAAUUUAAACAACUUAUUGCAGUCUAUCUCUUUAACUAAAAAAAAAAAAGCUGAUACAACAACUUCUGACCUUUUCAUGACUAGUACUAGCAAUAAGUUUAGCAAACAAUCACCUAUGAGUUUUCCUCAAGUCAUUGUCGACUCUUCACCUUCUACUGUUCAACAUGAUGAAAAUCUAGUACUACCACCUGUUGAUUUACGAACUCUGUCAAAGAUUUUAAGCGUCAGACAAAAAAGCUUUACCCAAAUUGAACAUAUUACUAGAAGACAAGCUAAACUUGAAUAUCUUAUCACCGAACAAUGA